AUGGCUCCCGAGUUCACCGAUCCCCGCAUGACCUCCAUCAAACCUCGCAUACGCUACAAUACCAUUGGAGGUGUGAAUGGACCAUUAGUUUUCUUGGAUAAUGUCAAAUUUCCGCGAUAUAAUGAGAUUGUCUCUCUGACGUUGCCUGAUGGAACGGAGAGGUCUGGUCAGGUUCUUGAGGCGAGGGGCAACCGAGCUAUUGUUCAGGUUUUUGAAGGCACCUCCGGUAUCGAUGUGAAGAGGACAAAAGUCGAAUUCACAGGACACAGCCUGAAGCUCGGCGUCUCCGAAGACAUGCUGGGUCGAGUCUUUGACGGCUCUGGUCGAGCAAUCGACAAAGGUCCCAAGGUGCUCGCAGAAGACUACCUCGACAUCAACGGCAGUCCCAUUAACCCCUACUCCCGAGUCUACCCCGAAGAAAUGAUUUCCACCGGUAUCUCUGCCAUCGAUACCAUGAACUCUAUUGCUCGAGGACAAAAGAUUCCCAUUUUCUCCGCGUCUGGUCUUCCACACAACGAGAUUGCGGCUCAGAUUUGUCGUCAGGCUGGUUUGGUGAAACCCACCAAGGAUGUGCACGAUGGUCAUGAGGAUAACUUUUCGAUUGUUUUUGCCGCUAUGGGUGUCAAUAUGGAGACUGCUCGGUUCUUUACGCGCGACUUUGAGGAGAAUGGUAGUAUGGAGCGUGUUACUUUGUUCCUUAACUUGGCUAACGACCCUACGAUUGAACGUAUUAUUACACCCCGUCUUGCGUUGACAACGGCCGAAUACUAUGCCUACCAGCUCGAGAAGCACGUGCUGGUCAUCUUGACUGAUCUUUCAGCCUACUGUGACGCUCUGCGUGAGGUCUCUGCUGCACGAGAAGAAGUGCCCGGUCGACGUGGUUAUCCCGGUUACAUGUACACUGACUUGUCGACCAUCUACGAGCGUGCCGGUCGUGUGGAGGGUCGUAACGGAUCCAUCACUCAAAUCCCUAUCUUGACCAUGCCUAAUGACGACAUUACUCACCCUAUUCCUGACUUGACGGGCUAUAUUACCGAGGGUCAGAUCUUUAUCGAUCGUCAACUUGACAACAGAGGUAUCUACCCUCCUAUUAACGUCUUGCCAUCACUCUCGCGUUUGAUGAAGUCGGCUAUUGGUGAGGGUCGUACCCGCAAGGAUCACGGUGAUGUAUCCAAUCAGCUGUACGCCAAAUACGCCAUUGGACGAGAUGCCGCCGCCAUGAAAGCCGUCGUCGGUGAAGAGGCCCUCUCAGCCGAGGACAAACUCUCCCUCGAAUUCCUCGAAAAAUUCGAACGAACCUUCAUCUCCCAAUCCGCCUACGAGUCCCGCUCAAUCGACGAAUCGCUCGAUAUUGCCUGGAACCUGUUGCGUAUCUACCCUAAGGAUUUGCUGAACCGUAUCCCCAAGAAAAUUCUCGACGAGUUUUAUGCUCGUUCCGGAAAGGCCGGCCGUGCUUCUAAGGCUGGUAACAAGGAUACGAGGGAUAAUUCGGAGCCUCAGCAACAGAGUGAGAGUUUGAUCUAG